AUUAAAUAAAUUUUGACAUAGAACAAUUUGUUGAAGAUGUUAAAAUAAUUAUUAUUUCAACGCUUUCCUAUAUUUUACAAUCAGUUUUUAGGCACCGUGAGCUAUCCUAUUUGACAUGUUGAAAGUCGAAUACACUCGGAGACAUAGUAUUUGUUAUCACUAAAGCUUUAGAUUGACAUUUAGAUAACAUUAAGUACAAAACAAAAGAAAGAAUAUUCUAUCUGUAAAAAUUUAAAUAUUCCCAUUUUAUAAUUAAGUGAUUCCAAUAGCACAUUAAUCCUAUUUAAAAUGGCAUUAAAUAGCAAUAUGGAAAAAUUAAGCAAUCAAAUUGGUUAUUUAAUAUUGCAAGAUGAUGGAGCUGUUAUUAGUUCAGGUGGAGAUUUAGAAAAUGAUGAAAGAAGUGCUAACAUAUUCAUGGAACUUCUACACCUAGCAGAGAGUGUUGAUGAUAACUUCAUGCCCAACAACAGCUGUGAACGUAUCUCAAUUGUGUAUGAUGAUCACAGUUACAACAUUUCCAUGAGCAAUCAUCGCAUAUAUAUUGUAAAGCUGAAAAAUGUUACGCGUGGAGGUACAGUUUAUGGUCUUGCGAGCAAUGGUAGCAAUGUGGUAUUCUCAGAAAAUGAGACAUCUGCUGUCGCAUCAAUAUUAACUUGAGACGCUACUACAUCAUGCUGUGUAUUCUGUCACCGUAAUCGAACUAUGGGGCAAUUGAAUUCUUACCAUGAGGAAGUACGUCGUUUUAAUUGGAAAACGCCCUUCAUUUAUUUAAUUAUACUUUUUAUUUGUCAAAAAAUACAUCAUCUGUGAAUUCUUUAUCAAACACA